AUGGGGGGACGUGUGGUGGCCGGGUUCAACCGGCUGCGGCAGGAGCAGCGGGGCCUGGCCUCGAAGGCGGCGGAACUGGAGCUGGAGCUGAACGAGCACAGCCUGGUCAUCGACACGUUGCGAGAGGUGGAUCCCACUCGCAAGUGUUACCGCAUGGUGGGCGGGGUGCUGGUGGAGCGCACCGUCAAGGAGGUCCUCCCUGCCCUGGAGAGCAACAAAGAGCAGAUCAACAAAAUCAUCGAGACCCUGACCCAGCAGCUGCAGGCGAAGGGCCAGGAGCUGAAUGAGUUCCGGGAGAAGCACAACAUCCGCGUGAUGGGGGAAGACGACCAGAAACCGCCGCCCAAGGAGAGCUCCGACGGGGCGGGAGCCAAGACCAGCUCCGCCGGGGUCCUGGUCUCCUAG